CCCCUCUCUAGAUAAUGUGACGUCACUUCAGUACGAGUUUAGUCGUUUAUGAAUGUGGUAGUGCGCGAUAGAAGCAUUUUGUGCGGGAACUUUUUACGACUUUUGCUCUUUUAACAAAGUUUUCGGCUUUCGUUUAAGAUUUUUGUGUGAAAGAAUCAAAGUUAUCUCUUAAACUUGUGUGGAUUGUUGUGUUGGAUCUGUUAUUGUGGACACAGGUGUCACAUUCCAGUAGGCGCCGAUACAGCCUCCGUACCCUAAGCAGGUGGACAAUAAGCCCUAUUUUGUUAAAUAUCCAACGAUGGCUGUGCGGUUAUGAGGUGGGGCAAUAAACGAGUCUCAGAUGGAUCAUUGGAAACGAUAAUUUGAGGAAUGCGAUUACAUCGAUCGUAUUAUUGUUGCUGACAUGGCGCGGUGGGGCGCGCUGACGCAGCAAUGGAUAGUUUGGUUUCCUCUUAUCUUACUACACGGAGUUUUAGCUACACCUGGACCGUGUGAAGUCGAAACGGGGCAGUCCAGUAUCAUAGUAGAUAUAGAAGAGAGCAGAGGCGACCAAGUAAACCAAAGCACGGUGCCAGCAAUAUUACCAAUAGUUGGCGAGCCAGAUGUAGACGUGGUGCUGUCCACUGUGUUCCCCAAAGGGCCUACGUUGUUCCAGUUAGACGGGAAGAGGCUGCAGCUGCUGCAGCCGUUGGACAGAGAUGCUGAUAACUUGUCGCAUAUGGUUUUUCAGUUGGUGUGUCAAGUCAAAUCGACCAAAAAGCGUCGAACAAUACCUGUGAUAGUACGAGUGUCUGAUAUUAACGACAAUGCGCCGAUUUUCCAAGGGACUCCUUAUGAAACAAGCGUGUCUGAACUUGUUCCUCUAGGCACGACAAUAUUUGAUAAGAUUCGAGCGGUAGACAUAGAUGCGGGUGUGAAUGGCCUGGCCGAGUAUUUUAUUGUACCAGGGGAUAAUAAAACUAUAGAAGAAUCCAAUGCAGCGGAUGGUUAUGGAUUCUUCGCUAUACCCAUACCCCACCAGGGACAAAUAACAGUCAACCGAACGCUGGAUUACGAGCGAACUCAGAAGUAUCUAGUCACUAUUGUUGCUUCUGAUCGUGCCCGUGACACCAAGCGGCGUAUGUCCAGUACGACCACACUGACGGUUAACGUGCAAGAUGACGAUGACCAAGACCCGUCGUUUAUUUACAAGGGCUGCUCUUCACACGAAGGAGCCUGUAUCAACCCGGAGUAUUCCAGCUUUGUAAAUAGUGGUGUUCUAGCUGGAAUCCUUACAGUAGAACCAGAAAAAAUCCAAGCCGUUGAUAUGGAUACAUUAAACACAAGAAUAAAAUACAGUAUAGAGAGUGGGGAGCCCGAUUCUUGGAGCACUUACUUCGAUAUAGAUGAAAAUACAGGCGCUGUGAGGCAGUUGCAACCUGUAGAUACUAGUAUAGCUAAGAAAUUCCAGCUGGUUAUUAAGGCGGAAGAGAUAUCCGAAGCCAAACGGUUCACCACAGCAAAGAUGACCAUAACCGUGAGACCGGUGGACGCGAGCCCGCCCGUCGUAUCCGCCACGUCAGACGAGGGAAGAGUAGAGGAGAACUCGCUGAGGGGGACUAAAGUGAUUGGUACUGAUAAUCAGCCGAUACGGUUCAGCGUGUCUGAUCCUGAUUUGGGUCCAGGAGAUCCAGUGCCAAAGUACACAUUCGAACUAACUACGAACCUCUUUGACAUCGACAAAGAUAACUAUCUGAUCGUGAAUGAUGAACAUAUUGACAGAGACCCACCAAAUACUGGUCAUUUGAGGGUUCAGAUUGUAGCAAGAGAAGCGAAUGGAGGCGCUGCGUCUGCGCCUUAUUCGAUUAUGGUAUAUUUCCUGGACCAGAAUGACAAUGCGCCUGUGAUUCCUAAAACACAACCCAUCAACGUUCCAGCUAGUUUGGAGCCUGCUCCUGUUUAUAAGGUUGAAGCCACGGAUAUAGACGAGGGUGAGAAUGCACGGAUAUCAUACAGCAUUUAUCACGUUUCUAACAACGGUGGGAAUAAAUUCACUAUUGACCCCACAUCUGGAGUUAUAUCAAGUACCGGACGCCUUCAAGCCGGUGAACAAUACAGUGUGACGGUCCGCGCCACAGAUUCAAAAGGCCUCAGUUCUCAAGGCAUCAUAGAACUGAUGGUAGCCCCUGGACCUAACACUAGACCUCCUGUGUUUUCAUCGAGAGACUAUUAUGCACCCGUGUCUGAAGGGGCGGCUAUUAAUUCCACAGUUACCACCGUUACUGCAAAAGACCCAGAAAACGAACCUGUGACAUAUUCCAUUGUGUCUGGUAAUGACUUGCGCCAAUUCGCCAUCGGGUCUAACACAGGCAUUAUCACUGUAAUACGACGCUUGGACCGUGAGGUUCUUACUCGUUAUCAAUUGAUGGUGAGAGCAGAAGACCCUGGGAGAUUGUCCACAACCGCCACUGUUAACAUUAAAGUGACUGAUAUCAAUGAUAACAACCCCAAAUUCGACGAGGACUCAUAUUUAUUCCACGUCAAAGAAGGUCUAUCUAGGGAACAGGUCGGCUACGUCCAUGCGACUGAUAUAGACGAGGGUGUGAAUGCCCUAGUCAGUUACACAAUACCAUCUAAUCUUCCCUUUUCUAUUGAUAAUGCUACAGGGUUGAUCUCCACUAGCACGAAAUUGGACUAUGAAGAUACUAAGGAAUACGCGUUCGUAGUGACUGCAACAGAUGGCGCUAUCGACAAGCGUCUGGGGACUGCGUCAGUUACAGUUCUUGUAGAUGAUGUAUCGGACGAGGCACCGGUGUUCACUCAAGCACUAUAUUCAGUGCACGUACCGGAAAAUGCACCUAAUUAUCCAGUCGUUAAGGUUCAUGCUGAAGACCCAGACACACUGCCAGAAAUAACGUACACAAUACUGAAAGGUGAUACGGAAUUAUUUUCAAUAGAUCGAAAGUCCGGUAUGAUUCGCACACUGAAAGCUUUGGAUAGAGAAAUGAUUGCAAGGCAUGAGCUGCUUGUUGGUACAGAGGAGAAUAAUGGCGAAGGGAAUGGAGCUACUACUACUGUGGAAGUUAUUGUUGAUGAUAAAAACGACAACACGCCUAUAUUUACAUCCGUAACUCGACCAGUAACCAUCGAAGACACAUCAUCAAUCGGGUCUUUAGUAGAAACAGUGGUAGCAUUGGACUCAGAUGCUACUCCACCCAAUAACAGGAUUAGAUACGCUUUAGUGGGAAGGGGAAAAGCGUCUAUAUACUUCCAUGUAGAACCUGACACUGGCGCCAUUAGACUAAGAGACGAUUUGAGGAAGGAAACCGAUAGUGAAUAUACUGUGGAUGUCCAAGCCUACGAUCAGGGAGAUCCAGUGCUAUCGUCAGUUACAAGUCUCACCGUGUAUGUCAGCCAUUCAGCUACAGUACCUCCUGAUGUAAGAUUGGGCUUUGCCGACACAACCUAUACAGAGCACGUGGCAGAAAAUUCACCGAAUGGUACCUUAAUACGUACAUUACCUAUUUGGAAUAAGGGCAAGCAUUCAAAGGAUUUGCCGCUCAAAUGUCUCCUUACGAGUUCUUCACACAAGGUCCCACGUAAAGGCGUUUUUUACGUAAGACUAACAGAAGAAAGAGACUGUGCGAUCCACCUCAACGCAUCCAUAGACUACGAAAACAUAACAGAGUACUCUUUGGAAGUCCAACUAGAGUCUAUACAGGGUCGAAUAAACCCAGAAAGCAGUAAGGCAGUUAUAAAUGUCCAUGUAACUGAUGUGAAUGAUAAUGCGCCUGUGUUUAUUUUCAAUGAACAGUCUACAAUCGUUGGGGCUAAAGAGAAGUAUUACGCGAUCGCCACUAAGGAUAUGCCUUUGAAUACCAAUGUGCUACAGGUCAAGGCAAAAGACAGAGACAGCGGUGAUUAUGGCAAAAUCGAAUAUCGCAAGAACGCGUGGACAAAAGUUGCAGACGAAUAUUUCUCAUUAGACAGUGAUACAGGUGUCAUUAGUAAUAUUAAGACCUUCGAGAAUGUUCCUAAAGAAGCCUUGCCUUUCAAGUUCAAUGUGAUGGCGAAAGAUAAUCCUAAAUCUGAAGAUUCCAAAACUGCAAGAGCCUCCGUUGUGAUAAAUUUACUCCAAAAAGACAAUCAAUUUGUUCUGGAAGUGUCCAAUGUGAACGUGGACACGAUGUCAACUCCGCAAGCGCGUAAUCUUCUAUCAGAAAUCGAGGGGAAGAGCGGUUUAGUUGCCGGAUUGGAGAAACUGACCCCACGAUUGUAUCUGGGUGAGAAUGGGAGUUUGGAAAGCGAUUCGAAAGGCACAAACGUGUGGUUGUAUCUGCUUGAUCCGAAUACCGGGGAAAUUUUGACACGGGAAUCGCAGCCGGUUAAAAAGGCGAUAGAGAGUGGCGUGUCGAUCAGAGCGCCGCUGAGCCCGUCGGAGCCGCCGCGGCGCACGCAGGUGGCGGUGGCGCCGCUCGCUACGGCGCUGCCCGCGGCGCUGCUCGCGCUCGCCGCGCUCGUGCUGGUCGCCGCUACGGCCGCCACCGUCUAUAUAUGCGCUUCUUGGAACCGGUACAAGAAGCACAAGGAGCAAGCGCUGCAGCAGCAGUACGGCACGCUGAGCCUCAGCGUGGCGCCGCCGCGCCCGCCCUCCGGCUACGAGUCCAGCGAGGACGAACCGGCCCCUAGAUAUGAGACUCAGGUCCUAAACAUGGCGGUAGAUGACGCUGACUUACAAUUGGAUUUCAGCUCAAAUAAUCACGCCUUCAACAUUCACAACGUUCAAUAUUUAUCAAAGGAUAACGGCGAAAGAAGUCCGACCCUUUCCGAAACAGCGACAACAGCGCGCGCGUCCAGCGUCAACGAAAAUGGCGGAACGCUUAACAACAUGACAAACUUUGAGAACAACAUGAUACGAAAUACUCAAACGUUAAACCGAAGGACACAGAAUAGCCACCCGUUGAAUAACGCACUCGGUACUUUGCCGAGGGUCAAUAACAAUAAUAUGGGUGGGGGGUUAUUAGCUGCGACGUUAGGGAGGAAAAUAAAUGGGAACAAUCAUAAGAAGAAGCCGCAGCCGAUAAUGGCGUAUGAUGAAAUACCGGGGUUGCAUAGAGCAUCAGAUAACGACAACGUGACGUUUGGUAAACGCAAUUUUACGGGUUUCUCGUACGACCAAUCGCCAGUAGAAACCACAACCGAACUUUAAAUAGCAAAUUAAUAUAUGAAUUAUAAAGUGAUAUUAUCCGUCCGUUGGUAACACGUUCUUAAAUAUAAUGUGUUCAACGAAAUAUAUUUUAAAGAAAUACGACUGAAUACGUGCUUCAAACAUAGUUAUUAUUGUGAAUAACGAAUUUUUAGAUUUUUUAAUUGUAAUGUUACUUAGCGAAGGCUAGUCGUAUGAAAUGUGCAUAAUAAUAAAUGUAAAUAAUAGUGGCAUUGUUCAUGUAUAUUUAAGGUACCUGAGAGGGUACAAAAUAUUUUGUAUAUAAAUAAUAUUGCUGUAAUAAUAAAUUUACGCACCACUCCUUGCCAUUUUUUUCCUGAAAAUUCAAAUAUACAUUGCAUGCGUUCUGUACUUUUAUAUUCCUCAUUGGAAAUAAUUUUCAUUUAUUUAUUUCUAUGUUACCUUAAUACAUUUAAUUAUUCCUUACUUCAAAAAGUUUUAAUAAUAAUCAAUUUCCUUCAUUAAAACUUUCAUAGCAUGUUAAAUAAAUCAAUAUAUUUGUCACAACAUAUUCUUUAUUUUUUUUUUUCACAAAAUCUAUAAUGAGUACGAAUUUUGUGCCAGUUACGUUUAAUGGUUUAGUUAGAUGAAUAAAUUAAUAAUUUAGCAUAAUAAAGAAUGCUCAUUUUAACCUGUGAAUCAGGCUCCGAAGUGAUUUGUGCCAAACAAUAUUGAUGUCUAAUAUCGUCUUUUAUUUAUUAAUUGGCUAAGUUCUUGAAUGUUACCUUACAGACAUUUUUAUUGUAUAGAUGGUUUGUAAAUUUUAUAUCCCUGUUUCUAUGUGGAAAUAGAUAUCUUUUGUAAUAUAUUACCGCCAUUAAGAUUGUUUUAAUAAUUUUUGGAAUAAAAUAAUUUUUAAUGAU